AUCAUGCAGACUUCAGAGACGGGUUCAGACACAGGUUCGACAGUGACUCUGCAGACAUCUGUGGCUAGCCAAGCAGCAGUGCCUACACAGGUGGUACAGCAAGUGCCAGUCCAGCAGCAGGUGCAGCAGGUACAGACAGUUCAGCAGGUCCAACAUGUCUACCCAGCUCAGGUGCAGUAUGUGGAAGGAAGUGAUACAGUCUAUACCAAUGGAGCAAUCCGAACAACAACUUACCCCUACACAGAAACACAGAUGUAUAGCCAAAACACUGGAGGAAAUUACUUUGAUACUCAAGGAAGUUCUGCACAGGUGACAACCGUGGUGUCCUCCCACAGUAUGGUGGGUACUGGUGGGAUUCAGAUGGGCGUCACAGGAGGACAACUCAUCAGCAGCUCGGGAGGAACCUAUCUCAUUGGCAAUUCAAUGGAGAAUUCUGGUCAUUCAGUGACACACACAACCCGGGCCUCCCCAGCGACAAUUGAAAUGGCGAUUGAGACGCUGCAAAAGUCUGACGGUCUGUCCACUCACAGAAGCUCUCUUCUCAACAGCCAUCUCCAGUGGCUGCUGGACAAUUAUGAGACAGCAGAAGGAGUGAGCCUUCCAAGGAGCACCCUGUACAACCACUACCUUCGACACUGUCAGGAGCACAAGCUGGACCCAGUCAAUGCUGCCUCUUUCGGAAAACUAAUAAGGUCCAUUUUUAUGGGGCUACGGACUAGGAGAUUAGGCACUAGAGGAAACUCCAAGUACCAUUACUAUGGGAUUCGUGUGAAGCCAGACUCUCCUCUUAACCGGCUACAAGAAGAUAUGCAGUACAUGGCUAUGAGGCAGCAACCCAUGCAACAGAAGCAAAGGUACAAGCCUAUGCAGAAAGUGGAUGGGGUUGCAGAUGGUUUCACAGGAAGUGGCCAACAGACAGGCACAUCUGUUGAGCAAACUGUAAUUGCCCAAAGUCAACAUCAUCAACAGUUUUUAGAUGCAUCUCGAGCACUUCCAGAGUUUGGAGAAGUUGAAAUCUCUUCUCUGCCAGAUGGUACUACCUUUGAGGAUAUCAAGUCACUACAGAGUCUUUAUCGAGAGCACUGUGAGGCAAUAUUGGACGUUGUUGUGAAUCUUCAGUUUAGCUUGAUAGAAAAACUGUGGCAAACAUUCUGGCGCUAUUCCCCAUCUACUCCAACCGACGGCACUACCAUUACGGAAUCAAGCAAUCUGAGUGAAAUAGAAAGUCGACUUCCGAAAGCAAAGCUGAUAACUCUGUGCAAACAUGAGUCUAUCCUGAAAUGGAUGUGUAACUGUGACCAUGGGAUGUACCAGGCUUUGGUGGAGAUUCUCAUCCCCGACGUCCUUAGACCCAUUCCUAGUGCCUUGACCCAAGCCAUUCGAAAUUUUGCUAAAAGCCUAGAAGGUUGGCUUUCAAAUGCCAUGAACAAUAUUCCACAGAGAAUGAUUCAAACCAAGGUUGCCGCUGUAAGUGCCUUUGCCCAGACUCUGCGAAGAUACACAUCGCUCAAUCACCUGGCCCAGGCAGCCCGCGCAGUGCUUCAGAACACUUCCCAGAUCAACCAGAUGCUCAGUGACCUCAACCGCGUUGACUUUGCCAAUGUCCAGGAGCAGGCUUCCUGGGUGUGCCAGUGUGAUGACAACAUGGUUCAGAGACUAGAAACAGACUUCAAGAUGACCCUGCAGCAGCAGAGCACUCUGGAGCAGUGGGCGGCUUGGCUGGACAAUGUGAUGAUGCAAGCACUGAAGCCCUAUGAAGGAAGACCCAGCUUCCCUAAAGCUGCCCGGCAGUUUCUGCUCAAGUGGUCUUUCUACAGCUCAAUGGUUAUCCGGGACUUAACCUUACGUAGUGCUGCUAGCUUUGGCUCCUUUCACCUGAUCCGGCUACUCUAUGAUGAGUACAUGUUCUACUUAGUAGAGCACCGUGUUGCUCAAGUGACAGGAGAGACACCGAUAGCAGUGAUGGGCGAGUUUGGUGAUUUAAAUGCUGUGUCUCCCGGAAAUCUGGAUAAAGAUGAAGGCAGCGAAGUAGAAAGUGAGAUGGAUGAAGACCUGGAUGAUUCUUCGGAGCCUCAGGCCAAAAGGGAGAAAACCGAGCUGAACCAGGCCUUCCCAGUGGGCUGCAUGCAGCCUGUGCUGGAGAGUGCUGUGCAGCCCAGCCUCCUGAACCCCCUGCACAGCGAGCACAUCGUCACGAGUACACAGACCAUCAGGCAGUGCAGCACCACGGGCAACACCUACACUGCAGUCUAACAGCAGGAAAGCAGAUUUCUCCAGCUUAUCUAACCCCACUGAUAUUGGGCUUAAGCUGAAAUUUUAACAAGCCUGAAGGUUGACUGUUGUCAAAAGUCUAUCUGUGCUGAACAUUACCUUUUUGGAGUUGUGAAAUGGAAUGGGUGUAUGUAUUUUUCCAGGUCUUUUUUUUUUUAACACAAAUUAUUCGCCUUUUAAUA